AUGUUAAGACAGCCAGUCUCAGUCGUCCCUUUAACUAAUGUUUCUGUAGUUCGGUAUAAAUCUGAGUUUGGUAGGUUUGAAAUUGCAUGCUAUCCAAAUAAAGUAACUAAUUGGCGCAAUGGCAUCGAAAAAGAUAUCGACGAGGUCCUACAGUCAAAAGAAAUCUUCAAAUCAGUCCAAAAAGGAAUUUUAGCUAAGCCAGCUGACCUUCACAAAGCAUUUGGGAAAUCCUCAGACUACGAAGUCAUACAAACCAUCUUAAGAGACGGGGAAAUCCAAGUCAACGAACUCGAAAGAAAAAGCCAGCAGGACAGUAUGCUUAAAGAUAUAGCCACCAUUAUUUCUGAAAAAUGCACCGAUAAACAGACUGGAAGACUGAUUCCUUUCAGUAUUAUCAUGAGGGCCAUGGAAGAAAUUCAUAUCAGUGUAAAACCAAACCAAACAGCCAAAAAACAGGCCUUGAAAAUAAUCCAGAAAUAUGGAGACAAGCUGGGACUAGAAAGAGCCAAAAUGAGAAUCAGGCUAACCUGCCCACUGGAGCACCAUGAAAAAAUCUCACUCCCCCCUUUAAAUUGGAACAAAAAUAUAGGUAAAAUUUUCACACUUUUUUGUAAAUUAACCCCCCUUUAAAUUGGAACAAAAUUUAAUUUUAUAAUAAAAAAUUAUGUAUAAUUUUUAUGUAAAAAGUUUUGAUAUAAUUUAAAUGUUUCUUCUUAACUAAAAUUUAAAAUUUAUUAUAUCCUGCUCUUGUUUAAAGAAAUAGAGUAGUAUAAAGAACAUCUUAUUUAAAUAAAUUUAUUAUCCUUAAUUGUAAAUUUUUUAAAUAAAUUUAAUUUUUUUUGUUUUUAAAAAAUUUUAAAAAAAAAAUUUUAUUUUUUUUGAUAAAAAUGAUAUUUUUUUUAUUAAAUAGCUUUGAUAUAAAUUCAAUACGAAUUCUUUACAAAAAUUCAAAAUUUACUUAUCUCUUACUUUAUUUUAAAGAAUAGAGUAUAAAUAACAUCUUAUUUAAACAAAAUUAGCACUUUGAUUAAUAAAUUUCUAAAUUUUUUUUUUUAUCAAUAAAAAUAAUAAUUUUUGUGUAAAUAGUUUUGAUACCAAUUAAAUAGUGGCGUAUUAAUUAAUAAUAAAAUUUUAGUUAUAUCUUGCUUUGUUUUAAAGGAUAAAGAGUAAAUAGCAUUUUAUUAAACAAAUUUAUUAAUCUAAUUCGAUAAACUUUUGAAUUUUUUUUUAAAAAAAUUUUCUUAACUUCCCUUUAAAUUGGAACAAAAUUUUUAGUUCCAAUUUAAAGGGGGGGGGUCAGAAGAGCUUAAGCAGAUGGAAAUUGAGCACACAAAUAAUGAAGGAAGCUCUGUUAUAAUUGCAGGACUAAUACAUCCAGAAAGCUAUAGAUCAAUUUACCAGAGCAUACAGAAAUUAGGCCUAUCAGAUGCAAUUGGGCUGGAAGUUAUUGACCAGACUGUGCAAGGGAAUAUAGAAGCAAAACAAAAAGAGAUGGAAGAAAGGAAAGAAGAAAGAUUUGAGCAGAAGCCGGAGCCUGUGAAACAAAAACCAAAGAGUGGGUUUGUGUGCAAUACAUGCCCUAAUGCAGAAUUUGCAGAUUUAGGUGACCAUAGAGCACACUUUAAGACAAAUUGGCAUAAGUUUAAUGUGAAACGAAAGGCGAGGAGCAUGGAGUCAAUAAGUGAGGCUGAGUUCAGCAUUCUGACAGAAAGUGAGGUGCAAAACUUCUUACUUCAAAAAAAUGUUUAA